UUCUGCCACAGCCUGCGUUCGAGCAAUGCCUGCAAAACUUUGUGAGACAGUGCGCUAAGCAAAGACUUUUCUAAAUUUUGUUAACAGAAUUCCUCACAUUUGGAAGCUCUUAUUUCACGUUGUAGUAGUACUGGCGCAUCCUGCAGAUUCCUGCUCUGUGCGCGGUGGUGCAUUGCGCAUGAGCGCAAGCGUAUUUUCCUUUCGAGUCCAGACACACCGUGAAGCAUGCCGAGCGGAAUGCACCGCGAGAACGCCGUGGACGUUCUCUUCGACGACGGGAUGAUGCGCUUCGGACGCGUGCUGGACGUGGCCGUCAACGGGCUCUUCGUGGAUCUGCUCUGCCCCAACCGACGCCGUGAAUUCGUCCCGUUCGACCGUCUCUUUGUGCUGAGCAAUACCAGCGAAGCGGAACUGUCUCCUACCUAUUCCACCGAAUUUUCCACUGUUCCCGUGGAAGUGCUGGUAGAGGAGACAAGGCUGGGCCCGUGGAUUUGGAUUCCUGGUCAAGCAGUCCGGUUCGGACGCGGGAUGGAACACGGGAUCGAGGCUAAGUGGCGACGUCCGUACAGCGGAGAAGCGUGCACGGAUUUCGUUCCCAGCGAACGGAUCCGCUGGACAGUGCAGACGGAGCGGAAUCGGCGUCGUUUGGCUAUCUGUCAGCGAAAUGCAGGGAUCGAAGGUGCGGGUUGCUCUCCGGAUAAAUUCGCUCCACUGCGAGAUCACGUGUAUCCAGGGACCUUCGCUAAGCAGACGCUGCAGCUGGACGAGGAAUUUCGCUCCUUGUCCAGUGCCGAAAGUGAGGCGCUCGUGAUGCGACUGAACGGAUACGAAGCGGAUUCUUUAGGCUGCACGGUGGCUGUCGUCGAUUUCGCUGGCGGCCGCUUGGGAUACAUUUGUCAGCCGCGAAAUCCUCGACACGACGAUUCAGGGAACCGGUGCGCUUUGACGUCCGUCGCCAGUCGCUACAUGAAGUAUGUCAGAACAUCGGAGCCUGCCGACGGGAUCCCGCCAAUCAACGACAAGAUGGCGAUCUCGACGGAAUUGUGUCUGGAGGUGUUCUCGCACUUGAACACCACAGCGCAGAUGCGGUUGCGCAUGGUCUGCGCAGCGUGGGACGCGAUGAUAGAGGAGCCAGUGCUGAGCGGCCGCCUCACGCUGGGCGCGUACUUUUACCCGGGCGACAAGCGGCGCUUCAGCCAUUUCUUAUCCCUGGCUACCUUGUACAAACGCCUACAAGCAGGCACGCAGCACGUGACGAUGGCGCAUUUCGGGUCACUGGACAUCCCGGAGAGGAACGCCGCCAUCGACUACCUGACGAUCAUGUGCGAGAUGAUCCACUGCCUGGCGCAGCAGCGCACCGGCGUCCGUCUGCGCAGUCUGCACAUGGAGACCUUCAACUUCGAGCUGGCAACCCACUCGGCUUUAGAAAGCGCUGGCGUAAGCGAGUGCGUCCUGCACCAGGCGGAUCGGUCGACGGUUCGGCCGGCGGUGGACUGGGAUUUGGAAUCUCUGCAGGAUUUCAUCGCCGUCUGCAGCCGUCUGCCGUGCCACACGCUCCUCAUGACCAACUGCGACGUCCAUUUGAGCUGCGCGUUCUUCUUUCGCGGUUGGAAUUAUACGUUCGGUGUCUCGGUAGGAAUUGCCGCAGCGCGACUGCCGAUUGAUGCGGAUUUCGGCUGUGCGUUGUGGGAUGCGUUGGACGCGUGGCUGCCGGUGCCGGAUGAGGAGAAAGUGGUGGAGCUCUUGGAGCUGGUAAAAGGGAAUCCGGGUGGAGAGCUCAAACUGAAGCAGCUCGUCUGCAAGGUGUUGUGCGCGCUGCACGCGGCCGAUCCGCGGCCCUCGGACUACCGGGGAAGCAGUGGUGCGUGGAGGGUCUUCAAGGUUUACAGCUGGAGAAGUUGUCGCGCAUCGCCCGUCAUUUCCUCGUCCAGAUACAGUGACUGCCAAGCCGGGCUUGGAAGGCAUGCACGCUUGACCGUUUGGUUUACGCUUUUUGCUGUCGUUCGCAUUGUGCGCCUUUUUCCUGGGACACUCUUUUGCUGUUAA